ACCACCAUCUAUCUGAACCCCAAACCGAGAAGCGUCCGUGUGUGUGUGGAUUACGCGAAAAGACUGGUGUCUUUUUUAUGACGUGCUGGAAAACUCCCCCGGGAAUCUUUACCCUUAUGUUACUUUACAGCAUGAAAAAGAAGUCUGAGUCGUUGGCCAUUUUCAUAGAUUGGAUAAAGAAGUACAAAUACAGGUUGAGAGCUCUACCGCGAAGUGAAGAUACAGACACGGUGAAAGUUGUCAACACAAAAUGAAAGGACGUGGCACACUUGACCAUUUUCCUCUGAUGUAUUGAUAUCCGGAGGCAUAAAUCUAACGUCGCAGACGUAAAAGAAACGCAUGAAACUAGAUCCCGUACAAAAACCGGAAAAUCCAGUUGUUGGUGACAGAGGGAUGUCUGCACUGCCUCAAUGCUGCAUCUGUCUCGAUGACUUCACCAAUCCAGUCUCUAUCCCCUGUGGCCAUCGCUUCUGCCUGGGCUGUAUCGGGGAGUACUGGAGACUCCAUGGUGCCUGCCAGUGUCCUCUCUGUAUGACAUGUUUCCCCAUAAGGCCACAGCUAAAAACGAAGCCAACCCUACAUAAUGUUGCACCGCGGGAGGAAAUCCAAGCCGCACUCAGAGCAGGUGAGGUGCCCUGCGAUAUCUGUCCAGAAAAGCGGUGUAGAGCAGUGAAGUCAUGUCUGGUGUGCCUGGCCUCGUACUGUGAGAUGCACCUGGAGCCUCACUACAGGGACUCGGCUCUAGGGCGCCAUCCACUGGUCACUGUGUGGAAGAACCUGGAUGAGCCUGUCUGUAGACUCCACGGGAGGCAGUUGGCCAGGUUUUGUCGGAGCGAUCAGACCUGCAUCUGUGCUAUGUGUGUCCAGACUGAUCACAGGGGUCAUCGGGUGGUCACCAUCGCCAUGGAAGCAACAAAAAGAAAGGUUAAGCUAAAGAAGUCCAUGAUAAAGUUUCAGCAGAUGAUCCAGGAGAGACUGAAGAAGAUGGAGGACCUCCAACAAUCAGCGGAGCUCGUUGACGUGACUGAGGAGAAGCAGAAAGCAGCAGAGAGGCGGGCUGAGGGGCUCGUCAAAGAGAUGGAGCAGGAAAUCACUGAGCUACAGAGGAAAAGCACUGCGCUGGAGCAGCUCUCACACACCGAGGACCAUCUCACCCUUCUGCAAAGAUUUCCAUCACUGUCCACUCCUCUACACAACAAGGACUGGUCGCACAUCAUCAAGUCCCUGAUCCAAGAACUACAGGGGAAACUAGAAAUAUCCUCAAGAGAUAGUAGAAAACUACAUUGAGCCUCCUCCUAAAAUAAGACAGGUCUUUACUCAGGAACAUUUUAUGAUUGUCUGACAUCGUUCUGCCUUUUUGUCUGUCCUCAAGUGAUUUUUUACAAUGAGAAAUAUCAGGAACUUAUUUGUUUAUUGUGACCUUGACUUAGCAUUUUACCAAAGGAAGUGUGACUUUAAUGUGUAUCACUUAUGCUUAUGUCGAGUUUAUCAUUGUGCCUAUCCUAUCCACAGUGUGCAGCCAUGGUUGAUUAUGUAUGUCUAGUUACAAUUUGACCAGAGUAAAUGUGAAUGUAAUCUAUCUAUCUAUAUAUCUAUCUAUCUAUCUAUCUAUCUAUCUAUCUAUCUAUCUAUUAUUUAUCUUUGAAUUUAUUCAAAAUGUUUAGUACCGUGCCAGAGAAAGUAUGACCACCAAUCAAGUAUUAUGCAGGGUUGUACGAAUUUGUGAUUGUGCAUUUAGCAGAGUUUGUCAUUGGAUUAAGUAAAUACUGUAGCCUAUCGUUAGCCUAGUGGAAAGGUGUUUGACUUUCAAUUCUCAAGUAAAAGAAACUGCAUGCGCAUACCAGAGGAGAAGGAUGGAAGUAGCUAUAGAAGGAUGGGGUCAUUGUAAUGGCUGGAAUGGAGUCAAUGGAAUGGAGUCAAACGUGGUUUCCAUAUGGUUGUGUUUGAUACCGUUCCACUUAAUUCCAUUGCAGGAAUUACAAUGAGCCCGUGCGCCUCCCACCAGGCUCCUCUGACACACACACAUAAACAGGUUUUCCACACACCCAUGCAUGGGCCAAUUCUACUACCGAUGAAUACAUACCUCCUUCACGGAAAGGGAACUGGUCAUUAUUUUAGCUGAAAUGAAACUCAAAGGAGAAAAAGAAUGGGACAAAGUAAAGGAUGCCCAUAUGAGCCCAGAGUAAAGGAAGUUGACAUCAUCUGAAAGGUACUGGCAAUACUUUUUUUGUUGCAUAUAUAACAGUGUAUUACUUUUUUUGUUGCAUAUAUAACAGUGUAUUACUUUUUUUGUUGCAUAUAUAACAGUGUAUUACUUUUUUUUGUUGCAUAUAUAACAGUGUAUUACUUUUUUGUUGCAUAUAUAACAGUGUAUUACUUUUUUUUGCAUAUAUAACAGUGUAUUACUUUUUUUGUUGCAUAUAUAACAGUGUAUUACUUUUAAGUGUACAUCAUGCUACUGUCAAGAAAUUAGGUAUACAUGUCAUUUGUAAUUGAUUGUUUUUGGUUGAUGAUGUACAAUGUAAGUAUGAUUGACAAGUACAAUGCUUAUACAUGUAAUAAAUUAGAUGAAAUUAAGGUACUGUACUAUAGAUAUACUUGUUGUACAUUUUGACACAUUACAAUAAUUACGACAAUGUUUUUCUCAUUUCUGUA